AUUGUCGUAGUCGACGAAUCGGGGACUUACACGUGUUACAGCUGCGAUGAAGAUUAUUUUCUUCUUCUUCACUCGUUUGCUUUAUUAGUUUGUUGCACAUGAUCGCGUCCUUCCCUGCAUCUCCAUCUGCGACCUGAUCUCUUCGCCCUUUUCGGCAGCAGUUCUGGUCGGAGAAUUUCGCGCAUAUGAUGUACCUGCGGUGGAUUGGUUGCGGUUGCUUUCCGGCGAACAACCGUGGAAGGGGGCUGAAGUCGGAGAUAGACAGCGGCGGCGAGGAUGUCUUCGAUUCGGCGGCUAUGGAGUCCGCCGAGAAGCCGGAUCAUCUCGUGGUCAUGGUGAACGGCAUCGUUGGAAGUGCCGGGGAUUGGAAAUUUGCGGCGGAGCAGUUCGUGAAGAAGCUUCCGAACCAAGUAAUCGUGCACCGUAGCGAGAGUAACUAUGCAAAGUUGACAUUUGAUGGGGUUGAUCUGAUGGGCGAGAGGCUGGCUAAUGAGGUUUUAUCUGUUAUUAAGCAUAGAAGUGGCCUUAGGAAGAUCUCGUUUGUGGCUCAUUCAUUAGGAGGUCUUAUUGCCAGAUAUGCUGUUGGGAGGCUUUAUGAGCAAACCAGCGAAGCCAACUCUCUCGAUCCUCUUUCAAGGACUGGGAGUGAGAAAGGUGACAGAAUUGCCGGGUUAGAACCUAUGAACUUUAUAACUUUCGCAACACCUCAUCUUGGUUCGAGGGGUCAUAGACAGUUCCCUAUUCUUUGUGGCCUUCCUUUUCUUGAAAGAACAGCAUCCCAAACUGCACACCUGGCAGCAGGGAGGACAGGAAAGCAUUUGUUUCUGGUGGACAAGGAUGAUAGCAAACCUCCUCUUCUCCUCCGGAUGGCUACGGAUUCUGACAAUCUGAAAUUUAUAUCAGCUUUACAUGCCUUUAAGCGCCGUACGGCCUAUGCAAAUGUGAAUUAUGAUUACAUGGUUGGGUGGAGGACAUCCUCAAUCCGUCGUCAGAAUGAGCUCCCAAAGCCAGAUCUUCUUGCAACAGAUCCAAAAUAUCCACAUAUCAUCCAUGUAGAACAUGGAAAGAUGGACAAUGUCAGUUGCAAGCCAAUUUCUACACUAGUAGUAGAUGAGAACACAAAUUUCGAAGAGGAGAUGAUCAAAGGCCUCACUCAAUUACCUUGGGAACGUGUGGAUGUUAGCUUUCACAAGAGCAAGCAACGUUAUGUGGCUCAUAAUACCAUUCAGGUGAAGACCUACUGGUUGAAUUCCGAUGGCACAGAUGUUGUGUUUCACAUGAUAGAUAACUUUCGCCUCUAGACCUGAAGAGUUCCAAGUUUUCAAUUUCCUUCGGGUGGAUAAGCAUUCAAAAUUUCACCAUUUGGUCAUAUUCUAUUGUGUGCUUUAUGUUGUAUGGAAUGUGUGGAGUUUGAUUACGUAUAUGGUUAUAGUUGAUAUGUGUGCUUUUUUUUUCUCUUGUAGUUAUUUUUUUUCUCGGGUAGAUAACGGUCUCACUACCCUACAAUUUUUUUUUUAAUCUUUGUCACUUGUAGAAACAAUAGAGAGUGGCCAGCUCAUGUGUUUGAACU